GAAGCCUUCUACGCCAGUGUGUGUAAAGGUGCCACUUCUGACGCAUCUUUGGCUGAUAUUUUUAUUUUGUCACAAAGUUACAUCGCACUUUGAAAAAUGAAAGCCAUCAUCAGUGCAGUUAUGUGCCUACUGGCAGCGACAGGUGCUUUCGCCGCGGACGCAUGCUAUCAAGACGUGUCCCUCGACUGUGGACAAGCAUCCACCAGCUUAGCCCUGCCUCGUUGUAAUGCGGUGUAUGGAGAAUAUGGAAGGCAUGGCAAUGUUGCCACCGAAAUGCAGGCGUAUGCCAAUUUACACCUGGAGAGGUCAUACGAAUAUCUGCUCUCAGCUGCUUACUUCAAUAACUAUCAGACCAACAGAGCUGGUUUCAGCAAACUAUUCAAAAAACUGUCUGAUCAAGCUUGGGAGAAAACCAUCGAGUUGAUUAAGCACGUCACUAUGAGAGGUGAUGAGAUGAAUUUCAGUCAGCGUAGCACCCAGAAACCCGUGGAACGCAAGAACUAUACCGUGGAAUUGCACGAGUUAGAAUCACUGGCCAAGGCUCUGGACACCCAGAAGGAACUCGCGGAACGUGCCUUUUACAUUCAUCGUGAAGCUACCAGGAACAGCCAACAUCUGCACGACCCUGAGAUCGCGCAGUACCUUGAAGAAGAGUUCAUAGAGGAUCAAUCAAAGACUAUCCGCGAGAUAGCCGGCCACACCACCGAUCUCAAGAGAUUCAUCACCGCCAACAACGGCCAAGACCUCUCGCUCGCUCUGUACUUGUUCGACGAGUACCUCCAGAAAACCGUCUAAAUAUAAUACAUGAAAUGGAAGCAAUAACUCCACUAUUAUAUUUAAAAACUACCAAACAGAACAAUUUUUUUUAUUAUCAGCAACACCUUUUUUAUUUACUUGGCAACACUGUGAUUUGGUAUUGUUUAUGGUGUCCGCCAUAUUCAUGUACAAAAUAGGCUGUUAAAAUGUAUCUUUAAUCAUUACUGUAAUAAAGAUUGUAUAUUAUUGUAAGUAUUUAGACUCAUAGUAGUUUGUAUUUUUCGUUCAUUUCCAAAUAAAGAUUAAAUUACGUAC